AAUCUAAUCGUAAACAUAGGCGUGUCUUCACCGGUGUUGCACACACCUAAUGUGACUCCGUGACGCGAUAUGAUUAACAUGUCAGCAAAACGUUUUUUUAUUUGUUUCAUUGACACUGAGGACUUGGACGGAGGUGAGCGGCGCAAACGGAGAAAGUCAUGGAGUUUUCGGGCAGCUAGCAGCGUGCUAACGUUAGCAUACAUCUGUCACCCGCUGAUGCUAAUGCCGCUUCACAGACAGACAUGGAUGUUUAAAAGCUCCAAAACCAAGACUUACUAGGUUUAUACAUUUUAAUUAAAGUCAUUGUUGAGUCUUUGUUAUAAUAAUGAGUAGUGGUAGAGCAGCUAUAGCUAAGUGUGUAGACCUACAGUACUUGAAACAUGCUAAAGCGUGCUCAGACGGAGUGCAAUGCCAAAAUGCAUUGCCAACAAACGGUUCUGUCUGAGAACUGGGGAUCCAGUCAGGAUAAUAUGAGCCCUUAUCCUGAGCCGGUCCACAAUAGCAACAUGGUCUUCACUUCGUCGAAUGGUGUGAUCGUUUACAUGUGCCGCUGUGACGGAGGAGGCUCUUAUGAUGAGGGAGCUGAAACGCAGCUCUUCUGAUGACCUAAUGGAACUGCACUCACAGAUAGUGCUGUUUUCAGUCCUGGUGCUGUACUGUGGCCCUGCUGAAGGUGGAAUCCUGUACCGGGUCCAGGAGGAACAGCCUCCCAACACACUCAUUGGUAGUCUGGCAGCAGACCAGGGACUGCCAGACUCAGGUCACCUUUACAAGCUGGAGGUGGGUGCCCCUUACCUUCGUGUUGAUGGAAAGACAGGAGACAUUUUCACCACGGAGAUUCCCAUAGACAGAGAGACCCUGAGGGACUGUCGAACGCUGGCUAAGGGUAAGCCCUGCUUCCUGGAGUUUGAGGUGUCAGUGACAGAUCUGAUACAAAAUCAGAGCCCAAGACUCAUCGAAGGACGUAUUGAGGUACAGGACAUCAAUGACAACACCCCACAGUUCCCCUCCUCUGUGCUCACCAUCUCUGUCCCUGAGAACACAAUUAUGGGAGCUCUGUUCUCCAUACCCUUAGCUACAGACAAGGACUCAGACAGAAAUGGAGUGGCUGACUAUGCGCUGACUGCUGGGCCUGAUGCAGCAACCCUGUUUGGCUUACAAGUGGCUGAUGACAGGGGAGGGAAGCUUCCACAGCUCAUUGUCCUGGGCAAUCUAGAUCGUGAGUUAAAGGAUUCCUAUGACCUCACCAUUAAGGCAGUGGAUGGGGGAAACCCUCAGCGCUACAGCAGCGCUCUGCUGCGAGUGGUCGUCACAGAUGCCAAUGAUAAUUCUCCCAAGUUUGAAAAGUCGAUGUAUGAGGCAGAAGUGUUGGAGAACAGUCCAGUGGGACACUCCGUGUUGCAGGUCAAAGCAAAUGAUUCUGACAUGGGUCCUAAUGGAGAGAUUGAGUACACCCUUCACCAAGCCGUAGACCCCGUGCCCAAACUCUUGCGAAUCGAUCGCUCCACAGGUGUUAUCUAUGUCAAAGGACCUUUGGACCGAGAGGAAAUUAGCAGCCUGUCCUUCUAUGUAGUGGCAAGAGACAAGGGUCCUCAACCUAAAAGCUCCAAGACUUUUGUAACCAUAGAGGUGAUUGAUCAAAAUGACAACGCCCCAGCGGUGGAGAUUCGUGGCAUUGGUCUGGUGACUCACAGUGAGGGCGUGGCUAACAUUUCAGAGGACAUGCCAGUGGGAACAGCUGUUGCCCUGGUGCAGGUGUCUGACAAGGAUGAGGGGGAGAACGCCGUGGUCACCUGUGUGGUUGCAGGUGAUAUGCCCUUUCAGCUCCGCCCGGCCAGCGACUCCUCCAGUGACAACAAGAGGAAGUAUUUCUUGCAGACCACAACUCCUCUCGACUUUGAGAGGGUUCGAGACUACAGAGUGGAAAUUGUUGCUGUAGAUUCUGGAAAUCCAGCACUCUCAAGUACAAACUCCUUAAAAGUGCAGGUGACUGAUGUAAAUGAUAACUCUCCCAUAUUUUACCCGACCUUAUUUGAAGUAGAUUUUGCCGAAGAAAAUCAACCAGGGGAAAAAGUUUUAGAUGUCACGGCCUCAGAUUCUGACAGUGGCACUAAUGCGGAGCUCAUCUACAAUAUUGUGGGGGACUCAUCCAUCAAAGGUCUGUUUGAGAUUGACCCAAAUACGGGUGAAGUAAGAGCUCGAAGCCCACUUGAUCGUGAGCAUAAAGAACGAUAUGAAUUCCGGGUCACAGCAGCAGAUAAAGGGUCACCGGUCCAUAAAGGAACAGCAACUGUUGUGAUAAAAGUCCUUGACCGCAACGACAACGACCCGAAGUUUAUGCUUAGUGGCUACAGCUUUUCAGUUUUGGAAAACAUGCCUCCCCUUAGUCCCGUGGGUAUGGUGACCGUCCUGGAUGUGGACAAGGGCGACAAUGCUCGUGUUCACCUCUCUGUAGAGCCUGAUGGAGGAAAGUUUGUUGUUCAGAACGGAACGGGUACUAUUCUCUCGAGCAUCUCAUUUGACAGGGAAAAGGAAAGCAGUUACACGUUUCGUCUGAAGGCAGUGGACGGAGGAGAGCCGCCCAGGUCUUCAUAUGUGGGUGUUACAAUCAAUGUGCUGGAUGAAAACGACAAUGACCCUGUAGUCACAAAGCCGUCCAAUUCCUCCUUCAGGCGUCUGUCGCCUCUAGCGUCUCCCGAUAGUCAUGUGGAGUUGGUGGAAGCCGAAGACCUAGACAGUGGCCCUAAUGCGGAGCUAGUCUUUAGUAUAGCUGGUGGAAACCCCUAUCAGUUGUUUCGCAUUUCCCCUUCCACGGGAGAAAUCACUUUAGCAAAGGAGCUGACUCGAAAACAUGGUGGACUACAUCGCGUAGUAGUACGAGUAAGUGACAGAGGAAAGCCUGCGCGUCAUGCCACUGCCCUGGUCCACAUCUAUGUCAAUGAAACAAUUUCAAAUGUCAGCUUAGUGGAGGCCCUCGUUGGGCACAGCCUUUACACUCCAUUGGACAGGGACAUUGCUGGUGAUCCUGACAAUGGCUUUGCUGCACAUCGUAGUAACAUUCUGUUUGGAAGCCUCGCUGGUGUGGCAGGUGUUGUCAUGCUGAUCUUGGUGGUGGUAUUCAUUCGCAACCGCAUUCAGAGGGAAACGAAGAGCGGAUAUCAAGCUGGCAAAAAGGAAACAAAGGACUUGUAUGCACCUAAACAGGCUCCGAAGAAUGCCAAAGGCAAGCGAGGGAGGAAGGGCAAACCCCAGAAAUCUCCAAAACCACUUGGGGAGGAGGAAGAGGUUAGUCUUCAAAAGAGUCUCAAAUUCAGUCUUGAUGGAGUCAAUGAUAGCCCCAGGAUACAUCUGCCCUUAACAUAUUCGCCUGGAAGCCCUGAUAUAGGCAGGCACUACCGCUCCAACUCCCCCCUACCCUCCAUCCAGCUGCAGGCCCAAUCCCCAUCGGCCUCGCAGAAACAUCAGGCCGUCCAAGACCUGCCCGCUGCCAAUACCUUUGUAGGGACGGGAGGAGACGACAACUCCACGGGCUCAGACCAGUAUUCAGAUUACAGCUACAAGACCAGCCAGCCCAAGUACAACAAACAGCAUCCCCAUCGGCGAGUGACCUUCUCCACCACCAACCCCGUGCAGGACCUGCAGGAUGCCUCGCAGCACAGUUACUAUGACAGUGGCUUGGAGGAAUCUGAGACUCCCAGCAGCAAGUCAUCGUCUGGUCCGCGCAUCGGACCCCUGACCCUGCCAGAGGACCACUACGAGAGAACCACUCCAGAUGGCAGCAUCGGAGAGAACGAGCACCCGGAAAAUGAACACAGAGCUUUGUCAGACAGGGUGCUCUUUGUUGUCGGCAGCAGGCGAACAAGAUCGCGAGUGGAGAUGGAGCAGUUAAAGCAUGAAAAGAUGGCACAAGAUGGGGGAGACGUUAGAUUGUGACAGAGAGAUGGAGACUGGAGUGUCUGACAGGGAGGCAAAGCCCAUAGGAAGAGCGCACAGGACCCGGAGAUGCAAAGAUGAACUUCUAACUGAGGCUAGACAUAAUUAAAAUGUGAUUCCCACUUCAGGGAGAUAACACAGAGCCAUACACACAAAAUGAAGGAUUAGACAAAAAUAUAACAAGACGGAGGGAUUCCUCCCCAGCUCCACCUGGCCCGUGACGUGGGCCCCCUCUUUUUUCCCCGCGUUUGAGUGGCAGAGUGACAGGUUGUACUGGUGCAGAGCUUUGUUCAUUGCAGUAGAGAUGAGUGACAGGCAAAAAAUGGCGAGGUGAGCGUGAUGUGUCAUUCCAUUUAAGUAGGAUGAAAUACAAUAUAUGAACCCCAGACUGGCAGCCUUUGCAUCAGUGGGUCCCCGAAAUAUUGACACGGAUGUGUUUUGCUAAACAAGUUGAACCAUGACAGGGGCUGAUCUGCAUUUGGAGAGUGUGGCCUACAGCGUAUGCAGAGAGCUGUAUAGUUUAUGGUGCAUUUUAGUUGAGCUAUUUGUUGAAAUGACGGCAUGAAUCAUAUCUUUUCUCUCCUCUCCAUAUUAGCCUGGUAUUAGGUGACCCGCUGAAGUCGUGGCUCAGUGGCCGGUCCAGUGCGGCCUCCUCCCGACAGCGCGUGUGCACUUUAACAGGCUCUCUGCUUCACCGAAGUAGACAUCAGCAUAUUCCCGACGGGCGCUUGGCUCUGAAAUUAAGAGUCGAUUCAAACUCCAGUCAUAAAAUUUCUGAUAUAUGACAUGUAUUCUGCCUGAUCUGCAGCAAUUAAUUUGGGGAGUUGCUUUUUUCGUAUGCCUGAGCAGCUGCUCCCUCCUCCCACUUCUUUUUUUGGGUAAUUCUUGUCUCCGGGCUGUGUUAGAGUGUUCUCCGUUUCACUUUCCCCAUGUGUGUUUUUCACAUGAGUAUUCGUGCAUGUAACGUGCACAGUGCUCAACUGUUGGUUAAUCUCAUCAGAAAUAUUUAUCCAUCACAUGCAUGCGUUUGUGUGUGUGUGUUUCUGCAGGCGUGUUUUUUUCCCACGUUGCUGGGUGAUGCAUCGCCCCCCAAAUCUCUAAAUCAUUUUGAUUAUAGCGCCAUUUUCCUUUAAUAUACUCUCAUCAUAAUCACUGAGCUCUGUAAUUCCCUUUAAAUUGAUUCGUUCAGACAGCAUGGAAACUGCUUAUCUUGUAUAUCUGGUUGUUGUCAAGAUGCGUGAUUUGUCCUCCACGGCGAAAUCAGAGGAAGGAAGAUCAAGGACCAGCUUGGUCCAUCUGGCCGUCCACAGCAUCUCAGACACUUUUAAUCACAUAGCAAAUCAUGGUCAGAGCAAAGGGUUGGACGCUGAUUUGUUUGCUGGGAGAAUGAAUCCAUUGGAGACUGGGCUCCUUUGUAAUCUAAGGUUUCGAGUAGGGGGGGGCGUCAUGGGCUUGGAUACUGGUCUUUCCAAAUUAAUUUAAGUCCAAUAAAAUAAAAUAGAAAUGCAUGUAAAAUGUUAUUAAGACAAAAAACACUUAAAAGUUUUUGUUAGUGGAAACCUGAUACUUUAUGAUAGAUUAAUAAAUAUUUUAUUCGCUUCUUUACUCUAAAGUGCACUUAUCUUUGCUGCAUUAUCUUUGACUCAAAUUGAAAAGGGCAUGUUGAGGAUAUACUAAGACUAUAAAUAAUACACACACACACACCCACACACACUACUUGUGAGGACAUCUCCGGCCUCUGAUACUACCUCUAACCAAACAUUUUACAUAACCCCCAACCAAAAUGAAUUCUCCCGGUGGUGUCAACUCAGAAAUAGCUUUUUGAUUUUGUAAGCUUGCCAGACCACGGUGUUGAAGAAGUAGCUUAAUCAGACAGUCUAUGAAGGUAGGUUCAUAGUGAUGUCAUAGGCGUCUUCUGCGUUCUUGACCCUAAGGUUUAACAGCCCGUCAUCGCCGGUCCAACCCAGACAAUAAUCACCAUUCUGGCAACCAGAGGCAGCCCUGGGGCCGUCAUGUGAGGGCCCGAGUGGCAGGACGCAGGUGGACCCGGCUCACCACACACACACACAAGCUCAGCUGACCACAGAUGGGUACAUGUUGAGGUGGCUGGCCGCCCGGUGCGAGGUCUUCCUCCGCACAGAUACGCAGCCCGUUCACCGGGGUGAGAUAAAAUGGGGGAGAAAAUGGCAUUUGCAUGAUAAUGAGCUUCUUUAGUGAUGCUGUCUGAUUUUGCUGCCUUAGAUCUCAGCUGACGCAUGUAGAAUAGCAUAUUUGUUCUUUUUGAACUCCUGUCAGUGGGGUUGCGUUCUAGGCCCUCUUUUAACCAUCACCGCUGUAACCGGGUUCCCUAUCUCGUUUGUGUUGACUGAUAAACAUUUUAAAUAAAGAAAGAUGUGGAGGAAGAUGUUGUGCAGCCUGGAAGACAGAGCCCCGGCUUAAUGGAGCUUGCCUGUCCUACGAGUGCCAGCUUGGUUCCCUGCCUGGGUGCCAAUAAAGCAUGCUGAUGCAGUGGUGUAGGUUUCCUCAAGCAGAUGUCAUCGUGCCUUGUCAGAAUGCCUGCCUGUUAGUACUAUUGAGUGGAGGAGACCACGCCAGCCUAUAUUAGCACAGUGGCCUAUGCCAUCCAGAGCUGGAACCGCCACCACCCGGGGAGGGACAGGUCACAGGACUGGCAGUUUUGUGGAGGCUUCUGUGGAAAAAAAAAAUGUCCUUACAAGUGGUCCCCUGAGGCAAGUUGUCAUGAGUAAUACAGCUAUAAUCCUGAGCUCAUUCUAGCACACACAUUAUGCUCUGCUGCUGUUUGUAACCACCCCCCAGUCCAGUGGUUUGUAAUUUUAUACUAGAACAAAUAGGUCACUAGAAGAGCAUAACUGGAGCAGAAUUAAACUCUCUAACCUGGAUUAGUCUUUCACACCGUGGACAAUGGCUUAGUAAAGCAAUGACUUUAUGGGACGGCGCCGCUAAGUCCGAAAAUGGAGCCGAUUUUGAAUGUGUCUCGAUUCCUCUUCGGCCAAUUUGAAUCUGAAAGUGUGCUUUCGCUCGCGUGAUCACUAACAAUGUGACCGGCGCUCUCAUCUCGAACCACGGGCGCGCUCAUUACAUCGUUUGUCAAAUGAUUUCAGACAGGCCAGACCUUUCAACAGGACUAUGGGCGAGAGAAUACACAGUAGCACGGCUCAGACCAUUAACUGCAGCAAAGUAUGGAGCCGGCUUAUUGUGUGACAGGGGUUGCAGCCACAUGUGAAAUCUAGAUGGAACCAGAAUAGAAGGCCCAUUAUCUCAAUAAAUCUCCCCGUAUGUCUUUCACACGUAGACGGGGUUUCUCUGUAGUUUCAUCAUUGUGUGCGGCCGACUAGAAAAUUCUGGUAACAUCACUGAUAACAGCAUGUUGUUGUCAAAGCCUAAACUGUAUGUACUGUACUGUACUGCAGCUCCGGUACUUGCAGGUAGCUGUGUUAUUUUAGCGGUUUGUUUUCAGUUUUAUAAAUACAGGAAGAAAUAUCUCCAAAAUGAAGAAAACAGUUGUACUGUAUAAAUAAUAAAGCCAUCUUUUACCUGCAUAAUUAAAAAGUAGAAAACUAAAAUCAUAAGAGAUUUAGUAGUUUUCUAAAAUAUUGCGAAGGGAUGGAAUCCCAGUCUCCUUCAUUUUAAUUGAGGUCUACACAAGCUACUCAGCUCUUAUUCACAUGUAUAUAGAAUGGAUGAACACUCAGAUGAGUGCUCUGAAUUAUGUGCAGAAAGGAAAGUACAUGCAUAUAAGCACACAUUAGGUUCCAUAAAUAGUGCUUUUAACACCACGCCACUGCUGAAAAUGUCUGGUUUUAGCACUAAGCUUGUAAAAUGAAUGAGUGAGCCAGUCUGCCUAAGCUUUAGAUGUGCCAGUGUAUUACUCGUACAAGAGUGGACGGCUCUUUAUACUUAGCCAAAAAUCUGGAUCGCGCUGCCUGCGCCUGCCACGCCAGCCAGUUUGGAACGCAGCGCGCCGAGGCUGCAGGUUUGGAGGUGGCGGGCGGCGCGCUUGAAAGCACGGCUGGAGAAAGCCUCCUUAAUUAGUCCGGCGACGCUCGUGGCUGCUUUUAGUCGAGUGUCCGCUGGCAGGUCCCCGGGAUUCUGGUUUGAAACUUUAACGGAUAAUUGUGGAGGCAAAAAUAGAAAGCGGUGGGGGGAGCUGGGCUGCUCUCAGCGGGUCUCGCCCAGUCUU